AUGGGGGACCAUACAAUAUCUAAGAUUGACCAUGCAAACCAUCUUCUUCUUGACCAACCACUCCUCCGACUCCCAUAUGAACUCCUGCGGAAGAAUUUUCGCUCUGCGCACUUCACAGUCGAGCACGGCAGCAGCGCCGUCAAGAACCUGCUGAAGACGACGGCGACAGGUGCCCUUAAUGGCCGGUCCUCGCCCGACGAUGUUGUCAAGAACCUCGACACCAUGAUCGCCCGCAUGCGCGGCAUCAAGCGAAAGUUAGCCGCCUGCGCCGAUGAGGAGGCCCGUCUCUACCGCCAGGUUGGCGCCCGCGCUACACACCUCGGCGAUUUGGCUCGCAUGCACACCCUCGACGAUGUAGCAUACGAAGGAUGGAGCCGUCGACGUCUAGACCGUUUGCUUGUCGACUAUCUGCUACGGCACGGCUACAAUGACAGCGCCAAAGCUCUAGCUAAAGAGAGAGAUAUGAACGAUCUGGUCGAUAUCGAGACGUUUGUGGCCAUGAGCAAGAUCAGGGACAGUUUGAAGGCCGGGAGCGUGAAGGAGGCGUUGGACUGGUGCACAGAUAACAAGAAAGAAUUACGGAAGAUGGACAGCAAUCUCGAGUUCCAGCUUCGAUUCCAGCAGUAUAUCGAGCUCGUGCGAACACAGCAGCAGAGCAAAAUGCUCGAGGCGAUCAUCUUCGCCAAGAAAUUCCUCGUGCCUUUCAAGGAGUCGUUCCCGCGCGAGGUCAGCCAGGCGGGCGCGCUGCUCGCCUUCCCGCCGGACCACGCGGGCCGCGAGUACCGCGACAUGUACAGCCCGGAGCGGUGGGGGAUGCUGGCCGACAUCUUCACCGAGACGCACAACGCCCUGCUGGCCCUGCCCUCCUUCCCGCUGCUGCACAUCGCCCUGUCCUCCGGCCUCUCGGCCCUCAAAACGCCCGCCUGCCACUCCUCGCACCCCAGCUCGUCCGCCACCCCUAGCCACUCCACCUCGCUCACCACCUCCGUCUGCCCCAUCUGCUCGACCGAGCUGAAUCAGCUGGCACGCAACGUGCCCUACGCCCACCAUAGCAAGAGCCACGUCGAGCACGACCUGAUGCUGCUGCCCAACGGCCGGGUGUACGGCAAAGAGAAGCUGGAGGAGUAUGCCAAGAAGGCAGCCCUGCCGGACGGACAAGUCAAGGAUCUACGGACCGGAGAGGUGUAUUCUACGGACAAGAUGAAGAAGGUAUUCAUCACAUGA